AUGGCAGCGAUAGCAGCGAACGCCAAGCCGUCUUCGCACCACCACCCGUCCAGGCGCUACCAGAAAACCCCAUCACAGCCUCGUGAUAAUUCACGCCGUCAACACCCGGAUGCAACAUGCUACAACUGUGGAGGAUCGUGGCCGCACGACGGUGGUAGAUCCAGCUGCCCAGACAGAGGCAAGUCCUGCAGGUCAUGCCAGAAGGUUGGCCACUUCUCCAAAGUAUGUCGGUCUGCUCCAGUCACCGUCCGUGCUAUACGCAAGAACGCUGGCUCGGACAGCGACGAGUACACUUUCGCAACUGACACUUCACGCGACAUCUCGAAGUCACCGGGAGUGAUCGUGGAGGUCAACGGCACACCAGUAGAAUUCACCCUCGAUACAGGAGCUACUGUGUCAACCGUGGGAUCAAGUGACCUGACGAAACUCGGGCUCCGCCACAGCUUGGAGCAAAUAGGUGCAAAAUUUUUCGCAUACGGUGCAGCGUCCCCACUGCCAGUGGUUGGCAAGCUGUCCGUGACCAUGAAAUACAAAGCUCAGGAAGGCACAGACGAAAUCUUUGUUGUCAACGUUGAUCAUCCAGCCCUUUUGAGUUUUUCUGCAGCCUCACGUCUGGGUUUAGUCCACAUCACCUUCAAUGUCGAAGACACCCUGACAAAAAAACAAUAUUCAGCAACAGUACCCCAGCUUUUCAAGGGAGUUGGAUGCCUUUGA